AUGAAGAAACCCAAAUUCAAGCGACUUAAAAAAACAUGCUUUCCCCAUGAUCAUGAUGCUUCCACCGCAGAAUCUUAUAAUCAUCAAUCGGCAGAGCUAAUCGGGUCCAACGAUGACCUUGUUACCGAAAUCCUUAUUCGUCUCCCUGCUGCCAAGUCUUUCUUCCGUUUCAGAUCUGUUUCGAAACAAUGGCUAUCCCUCUUGACUCACCCUCGUUUCAAUACUUUACGGUUUGACAAGCUUUUGAUAUCUUCUGGUCUGUAUUAUCAUGAAUUGUAUGUCCCCUUUGAUGUUCAAAACCCAACCACCCCGCCUUUUCGUGGUCUUGAUUUCUCUCUCGACGAUGAUCACAUCGAUGGGAUCAGAAUUGUGCAAUCUUGUAACGGGUUGCUGCUUUGCUGUUGCGAUAAAGACCGUGGAUGUAGCGGUAACUACUACGUUUGUAACCCAACAACGAAAGAAGUUGCAGCCAUCCCAUUCCCACCUGUUACCGGGGAUCGACCAGAGUUAAUCCGAUUAAUGGGUCUGGCCUAUCAUCCAACCGAGUGCGCUCAUUACAAACUUGUUUGUAUUCUUCAGGCAGGAGAAACUAUGUACGGAGAUGGGUUUAAUGAUGCGCAUUAUUAUGGACUUAGAAUGUACAAGAUUCAAAUAUAUUCGUCCCAGACAGGGGAAUGGAAGAAACUAAGACAGACUUUCACUCCCAAAGAGUAUACAGAUUUCAGAUAUGGAGUAUAUUGGAACGGAGCCUUUCACUGGGCACCCUCGUGUCCUAAUCCCAUGUACCUGAGGCUGGACACCGAACAGAUACAUGAAUUGCCUUUGCCAUCCCCUCUGCCUGUGAGGGUCGCAUCUGCAUACGGUGGUUAUUCCUUUGAUAAAAUACCACUUUACUUUGGGGAAUCUGGUGGCCAUCUACAUCUAGUGGAUAUCUCCCAUGAAAAGGAUCCUUUGAGUUUGAACGUGUAUGAGAUGCUGAGAGAUCAUUCCGGGUGGUCUAUCAAAGUGUUAGAUGUGGUUAGAGGUGAAGAAGAAGAAGAAGAAGAUAUGUUUAUGGCGGUGAAAGUUGUCGAUGAUAUUAAGAGGUUCAAUAUUCGUGACAAGAGUUUCAAACAGCUAUUCCGGGUCCCUGAUAAUAUAGAGCGUUUUGAUGGAAAUGGCACAAAAACAUUCUCAAAAACGGUUCAUCGUUUCGUCGGUCAUCGUUAUAUCGAAAAAAUAGCUUCCUUUUAA